UGCGAUGAAUAUGAUAUUUAUAUGACAGAUCAGCAACGUAUUUAUUAUUUGAAACAAGGAUUACGGGUGGAGUUAAAACAAUAUGCUGAAUGUCAUUCAUUCGUGUCAUUAGCACAAUUUAAAAAUGUUAUGGAAAUACAUGAACGUCACCAGUUACAAGUUGAAAGUGAUUCACUGACAACAGCGUCAAUACAACAGCAGCUUCCAUCAAAUUCAGUUGAAAAUUUGCAAAGGAACAAUUGGGUGUCAAGACCACAACAAAGUCAACAGCAGCAACGACCAUCUUCGUCUUCAUCACCAUAUGGUAAUAAUCAACCUUCUUAUGGAACAGUAAAUAAUUAUGGUUUAAAAACAAACCAAUCAUCAUUGCUAACUCAGCCAAUACAAUCAAGUAAUUACGACCAACAACAAUUUAUUUAUCGAAAGCAAAAUAGGUUGUGUUUUGCCUGUGGCAAAUAUGGCCAUUAUGCUGCACAAUGUCCUUUAAACGAGUAA